AUGGCCAAGUCUGUUCUGGAUCUGUACGAGCUGUACAACUUGGUGAUCGCUCGCGGCGGUCUGGUGGAGGUCAUCAACAAGAAGCUGUGGCAGGAGAUCAUCAAGGGUCUGAGACUUCCAUCGUCCAUCACAUCAGCCGCCUUCACUUUACGCACACAGUAUAUGAAGUAUCUGUAUGAUUAUGAGUGCGAGAAGAAGAACCUGUCAACCAGGAGUGAGUUGGACGCAGCUAUAGAAGGCAACAAGAGGGAGGGACGUCGCGCCUCGGGACAGUAUGAUGCGCAGGCGGCUUUAGCUAUGCCUCCUCUCAAUAGAGUUCCAGCAUCCCUGGCCCAGUUAUCCCAGCACAUGCAGCCGUUGUCCCUGUCACUAGCCGGCGGGGUGGCGGGGGUUCCCCGCUUGCCCCCCCUCCCGCCACACGCCCCCCACAUAUCACAACACGACAUAGAGUACCGCGUGAGGGAGUACAUGAAGAUGAUACAGCAACAGCGCGAACUGAUCAGGAACGGGUCGGAGUCUCCGCCGGGCGCGCCGAUGGUGUCUCCUCGUGACGCGGCCUUGUCCGCCAUAGACGUGUCCCGCCUCACGCUGUGGUCACUCUACAACAACAACAACAACAACAGCCCGCAGCCCGAGAUAGAACCACAACGCGAGGCGUUGAACCUCAGUGAGAGUCCGACCGGUAUAAGCAUCAAGCGCGAGGCGUGCCGCAGCCCCCCUCCCCCCGCCAAGAGGCGCACCCCGCGGCCGCCCUCCCGCAGCCCGCCGCCCGCCGCGCACCCAUCACCCACCACCCCGCAACCAUCACCCGCCACCCCGCCGCGGUACAACAACGUCAACGGGGCAGCCUUCAAGAUAACCACCAGAGGUGACGCGUCCACCGGUGACCAGCAGCUGGUGGUCUCCAUCGAGCUGAACGGCGUCACAUACGAGGGCGUGUUGUUCCCCUCACAGAACGGCAGCGGACAGAACGGACACCGGCAGAUGGUGUCUUAA